UACCUCCCAAAACGUCGACGAGGAAAGGAACCGCAUAGGUUUCGUUUCUGUGGAAGUGCUGCUUGGGUUUCGUUUUCUCGGAGCUGACCGCCCACCGGAAGACUGCAUGUAUUCCGCCGAGCACCGCAGUCAGACUCAGCUCUGCUAUCUUCUCUCUGCGAACCAGCACAGAAAUAUGUCUUAUAUUUACUUGUCUCGAAAGGUUUGUCUCACGAACCCUGCUUGAAGACGUCACAUUAAAUGGUGAGGACAGCAGCCUUUGUGUCCGGGAUGCGGUCAAGUAGUCAAGAUUGGUGAGAAGCGAGCCAGCUUUCUUGUAUGAUCAAGAAAAAAUGAAGCAUUAGUGAGCUACGUCUGUGAAGAAGGAACCAGUGCUGUCAUGGCAGAGGAAGCUGAAAUGAAGAACGAGGAGGAUCUUCCACCUGACAUCAAGGAUUGGAGUAAACAUCAAGUGAGAGAAUGGACUCUCAAGUUGAAGGAUGUGGAUGAUAAAUUUGCAGAGAUACUGUUUCAGCAGGACAUUAAUGGACCUAGUCUUUUGCUUUUAGAUACAGAGGACUUAAAACAAAUUGGUGUGACUUUUGGACCAGCAAAACUUAUCAUUCAUGCCAGAGAUGAGGGACUGAAAUUACAGAAAGAGGAGCCAACAAGCUCUACAAAUCUGCCUGGGAGCCCAUGCAAGCCCUAUCCAUUUCGUAGGUACGAUGAUACAUAUAGAUACAUGGAGAGCAGCAUUCUUGAUAUUACAGAAUCAGGUGCCUCAGAUUUAAUUGAACCCUGCCACGAGUACAAAGCUUUCACCAAUACAACGGAUGAAACUAAAAUGAGCAAGUUCACAGAAGAGGCUGUUCGCUUUGCAGCUGCCUGCAUGAAUAGCCGCACCAAUGGCACCAUACAUUUUGGAAUUGGAGACGAGCCAAACUUCAGCCACGGUCAAGUGUUGGGAGUGGUUGAAAAGGUCACAGAAGCCUAUGCAAAUGUGCUCAAAUCUGCUAUUGAUGGUUAUUUUGAGCAUAAACACAAACAAACUGCUCAAAAUUGCAUCAAACAUCCGCGAUUUGUUGGGGUUCUCAAUAAGAAUAUGACAUCAUCUGACAAAUUUGUGAUAGAAGUGGACAUAGUUCCUGACUCUGCUCUGUGUGAAGAUAACAUCUACCACACUUUCAACAUGGACACAAAAAAAGCCAAGAAAAAAGCAAAAGGUAAAGAAACAGUCACAACUGACACAAAACCAUCAAAACAAUUCUUUGUCCGAGAUGGCGGUAGCAGCAGGGAUCUCCUCGCACUAACCACAUCUGCCAAACCGAUGGAAGAGUACACGCGGUUUGUUGACAGUCUGGCACAACGAUCACAACUCCGAAAACAAGCUGAAGAGAAGCACCUCAAUGUGAUCAAAAGCAGUACUCAAGGCUCCAGAUUAAGUCAGAUGAUAACUGGUGGAUCCCUCUCUUUAGAUAAGUCACACUUUGAGCAGUAUGUGAUAGUAGCUAACAAAUCCCAUCCAAUCCAGUUUGAAUCACUAGGAUUUCUUGUGGAGCUCAACCCAAUAGCUGUUUUGGACUUUGAUCCGGAAUCAGCUAAACGUGGAUUGCAGUGUCACUUUGAACAGCAGAGUACAGUAAGUGUCCAUUUACCAGCACAGUAUAAAAUCACGGAAGGAAUUGAAGACAUUGCAAACAAGUUGAAAUUAACUCGAAACACCAGUUGGGUAUUCUGCAAUGGAGGUAUUGAGGAUGAGGUACCCUCAGACAUAGACGAGUGGUUGAUGGACAAGGGAGCCUCCAUUCGAGAUGUGAUUUCUUUCUUGUGUCGGAAAGAUGUGCUUCCAAACAAAAGAUUCCUUGUCAUUUUCUUACUUUUGUCAACAGUGAGUGAGAAGAUGGACCCUCUUGUUGAGGCUUUCAGUACAUUCUGGCAGGAGCUCAAAGGCACAGAUCAAAUCCUCUGUAUAUGCAAUAACGAAAAAGCAUUUACCUCCUGGACAGACCUAAUUAAUGCUCGGUGCGGCAUCAACAUUUCUCAUAGAUGCAUAUACGAGCUCAGCUUUGCUGAAGUCAAUGGCACUGUCCUUAGUCUUUUGUCAAAAAACCGUAGAUCCAGCCGUUUCUUACCCUGUGGUGGGGAAAGCAAAGUGCUUCUUGAAAAGAAAGUGGAGCGUAGCCUGAAUACCUUAGAGGUCCUGUGUGUGAACCAAUGCGAAGGGGGAAAUGAGGACAAAAUUGCCAUAGAGGAGAACUUCUACAAAGGAGGAAAAGUGUCAUGGUGGAAUUUUUAUUUCUCUGAGCAGCCUGGAUCCACACCAUUUAUCAAACGAGACAAGUUUGACUUCAUCAUGAACACAGUCCUACCAGAUUUGUGCUCCCUGAGAAAAGCCUGUGUGUUGCUUAACCUCAUGCAUGUACCUGGAUGUGGUGGGACAACUUUGGCCAUGCAUACUCUAUGGGCUCACCGGGCCAGAUUCCGUUGUGCUGUCCUCAAAGACAGCAAUGCUGACUUUGCUGAAGUCGCUGAUCAAGUGGUCAAACUUUUAAUGCAUGACCAUAAGGAGCAAUUACCACAGGUCCCUGUUUUGCUGAUGAUAGAUGACUUUGAUGAUAAGGAAAAAGUGUUUGACUUGCAGCAGCUCAUUGAAAAAGAAUGUGUGAAGAAAGACAUUCAGUCUAAGUCUCCACAGGUAAUUCUCCUGAACUGUAUGAGGUCAGAGUCCUCUGACCAAACUGAACCAACUGAAGAGAUGGUAUUCAUUGGAAAUAAUCUCUCUGAGACUGAGCAGAAACUGUUUGAGGAUAAGCUUAAAGUAAUAGAGAAAACACACAAGAAUGCAGACACGUUCUAUGGGUUCAUGAUCAUGAAGAAGAACUUCAAGCCAGAAUAUGUUCAGGGUGUGGCCCGCAACACUCUGAAAAGCUUCAACAUAAAUCAGAAACAUGCACAACUCCUGGCUGUUUUAGUUCUGUUGAAUGUAUACUGCAAGAAUGCCUCACUCUCUGUGUCUCUGUGUGAGGAAUUUCUUGGUCUUCAACCAAAACCAGUUUGUGGAACAAUGAAAGUCGAAGAUGGAUUUGGGAAAUUCUCCACUUUAGUUGCCACCUGCUCAGUUCAGGGUAUGGUAGUUUUCAAAGCUGUGAAAAUUAUCCAUUCAAGUAUCGCAAGUCACUGUUUGCAGGAACUUACAACAACACACAAUGUGAGUAAAGCUAAUAUCACCGACCUACUGCUGACCACAGACAAGCUUUAUGAGAGCACACAAGGCAAAGACAAACUCCUGCAAGAUGUCCACUACAUUUUGGUGAAGAGACAUCAUUCAAUGGAGGAAUCUAAGUUCUCUCCCCUAAUUCAAGACAUCUUAGGUGAAACCCCAGGACUGGAAGAGAUGGUGCUUCAAAAUGCAUCUAAAAGAUUUCCGAAAGAUGCAGUUGUCUCUCAGUUACUUGCCAGGUACUACUACCUAAAAAAGAAGGAUUUCUCAGAGGCAGAAGUUUGGGCAUAUAGAGCUAGAGAUCUUUCCAAAGACAGCUCAUAUUUCGCAGACACAUCCGCACAAGUUAUCAAGCACAAGCUCAAGGAUGCCAUUGCAAACUACAAGGAAGUGCCGAUUCGUCCUGAAAAAUUGGAAAUGUUUCUUAAAAUGGCUCAGUCAGCAAUAGAUGCAUUCAAAGACACACAGAACCUUGCGAAAAAGGAGUCAAUUCAGCGGUUGAACACCAAGACAGACAACUGCCCUUUUAAUACAGCAGGGUGCCUUGGAGAAAUUCAAGUUGGAGUACUUGUCAUCGAAGUGCUGGAAAAGACCCCCAUAUUUUCUUCUGACAAUGUCCGCCAUGACAUAAUGAGUGGUGUUCUCUCUGGAGAUAUGAAACUUCAGGCUGUAGAAACAAAAGAUAAACGGCACAACAAACAUGCACACCACUACACAAUUCUCAAACAGUUUGAGGAUGUACUUUACAACCUCAGAAAUAGGAUGAAGGUGAACUUUGACUUUCUUGACAAUUUUUAUGAAAAUGAAAAAAAAAAUUUUGAAAAAAAGAAAAAAAAAAAAAAAAAUUCGAAUAACAUGCUGAAACUACACGAGGCAAGACAAUACCUGGAGAUGCAAAAAGCUGAUACCUACUCCGGGAUUCUAAAUUGUCUGUCAAAUGACAUCUCACCUGAAAUAAUGAAGAAGAUUGCCAGACUCUAUGCUUUUGUUUGUGCACCUGAACAUAAGCCCACUGUGAAGGAGAGAAUCAACUUCAUCUAUGUCAAUGUUGUGUUGAGUUGUAUUAAACUGGAAUCCCAACAUCUUGAGCCGUACCAGAAACUACUUGAUCGCCUUUGCCAAGUUCUGCGUGAGCAAAUCCCAAUAAGUGAGAACUUGCCACUGCACUUCAUUGCAGUCGUGCUGUUGUGGCCACAGCAGUACGUGGCUCCACCUAGAAGUCUGAGGAAUUACAUCUCACAGAUGAUGACCUCUUAUCACACAGUUAUGAAGGAAGUGUACAAUGGCAAGAGGCCCAUUGUCCAUUUCUUCCUGGGGAAGAAGCAGGGCUAUGAACGACUGGUACACUUUGGGGAAAUCAAAGGUUGCAUCAAGGCUCGGCAGGAAGAGUUUGCCUCCAUGUGGGAAAAUGGCAAAAUAUGGAAAGAGAAGAAGGUGGAGGAGCGCCUCUUAAGGGUAACUGGCGAGGCAAAGAACAACAAAAUAUUGGCAGAUACUUGUUUCCCAGAGCUGAAGGUUGAAGUCACCCCAAUGUUUCCAAGUCAGCUGAGUGGGUAUGCACCGGGGUCAAAAGUGUCAUUCAUUAUCGGUUUCUCAAUGAAAGGCCCUGUUGCACUUGACAUUAACUAAACUUUGAAAGCAGCCUAUUCCAACCAGGGGUUGAUGCAUUGACUGUGUAAGUGAAGCCGAAAAAUCUGGAUUGCCCCCUUGUGCCUGGCUGCAGUAUACUUAUGUCAUAAAUCCCGCCCCCUCCAUAUUAGCGGAUGUGACUUGGACCGAACCAAAAAAAGUACAUGUCAGAUACAUUUUUUCAAAGAUGGUUUCUGUCAUUUUAGGUAGUUCUGAUCACGCUCAUGUAUAUUCAAGUGUUAAUUAAAAUUUGGUUUAAAAUAGUUAUUUGAUGACAGACUCUGGCUCCAAAAUAACAAGAUGGCAGCGAUACUUUUAUAAGUAGGAGGACGUCAUAAGGAGUAAGGUUACCUCCCCUUUCUCUGCUUUGCCUACCCAGAGAAUUUUGCCCGCCCAUGAGAAAGAGAGAGACAUCAUGGCUUGCAAACAAGUGAAGCAUGGCAGUGGGUCAAGGCCACACCCCCACCCUCCACCUUGCCCCCCCUCUCUCCUCCUCAAUAGCAGUAGCAAUAGCUACAGAAAAAGAAAUGGCACAUCCUAAGGAAACCUCAUUGUGGGACUGGCUCUAGUGGCUGUAAUUCUGCACUAAGGCUGAAUUUCAGGAAAGAGACUUCAGAUACAGUAUUAGGGGACCACUAAGGCUUAUAUAAAAUAAUCCGAAAAGCAGCAUGCCUAGGACCUUUAAUGAAUGUCAUGUCACAUUUUGUGUGCAUUCCUGUCUCGUACAUUAUUAAUACCAUUGUUUUGCAAAGGAAAACAUUUGUCAAGUAUAAUCUCUUAAAAAGUCUUACGUUAAAAGUGUACUGUAGCUCACAAGUCAUUGUAAAUAUGAGUAAUUUUUUAAUAAUGAAAAUUGAAAUGUUUUUUUAUUCCAUAAUGAAAUUAUCUGCAUCAAAAAUACAAUUUCUACAUUUGCUUUUAUAAUGAUGUACUUUAACAAUUAUGUGACAAUUUGCAAUGUUUUGCAGUUAGUAUCUUUAAUGCAUGUUCUAUUAUUAAUAAAACUAAAUUACUUUUAAUAACCCUUAAACAAUGUAUUACUCACAUAAAAAUGUCUCUCUUGUAUUUAACCGAGACCUCUAUCUGUUUCUAUCAGAAUCUAGUUUUAUUUUGUUUUGAUUUUGUGGAUUUAGUCAUAUUCAUUUAUUCAUAAGCUGAUCCGAUGUUUAAAAUACAAUAAUUUUCAAUUUUUGUGUUACAUUACUGUGAUUUUGUUCAAACAACCUUUUUUUGAAUUCCAAAAGAACAAUGUUGAACAUGCAUUUUUGCAUGGCCUAUUAAAUAAAUAUGUACUGUGACAUUAACAUGUAUAUUAUUUAAAUUUUACUGUGCACAGACUGUUGCUUUUCAGUCAAACACUUGAGAAAUACAUCACUAUCCUAAAACUCAGUAUUCCAAGUGUAUUGUAAUACAUUUUGUCAUUUUGCCUUAGUUAGCUACUAAUGUAGUUAAGAUACAAACAUUAAUUAAAUAUGUAUUUGCAAUAAGUAUAGUACUUCAUUGUAAGUUACAUUGUCCUGUUAAGGAUGCUCUUACCUGUAUCACACACAGGAGGGCACCACAAGCUCAGAAAUGAUGAUGAUUUGUGUUCCACAGAGUCUGUGAUUGCCCAUAAUAACAGCAUAAGAUAUAUACUAUGUGUCCAAUUGUAUGACUUUAACAAUAUGGUGAUAGCUGGUUACGUUACAGAUGUUAAAGCAAACCUAAAUUCUCUUUUGAUAUACCACUGGGCACUUUGCCCCUGGCUUUUUGUGGCUCUAAAAGUAUACAGAAAUAGACAAACGGUUAAAACAAGGGCAGGUAUUGAUUUUUUGAUUUUUUUAUAUAAGCCAUUACAGGUUUCUACCACACC